UUUGUUUUGAUGUUUUCUUCGUCUUCUGUGAGUCACUGUUGUCUUUUCUCUGGGAAUUUUCACUGUGAAAAGGACAGUUUUCCGACUGGGAAAGUUGGUUAUUCCGUGCUUGCACAAUGCAUGAGGCUUAUGCAGUGUCGCAACCGGCAAAAAUAGGCGUGCAAAUUGAGUGCAUUGCCGGUUAUGAUAAUUAUGUGAUUCUGGGCACAAAGCUCGGUCAUCUGCUGAUGUAUCUGAUCCAGCAGAAUGACAGCGAGACAGAGAUCAAGAUGGAUCUGCAGCUGUUGCAGUACGAUAAGAACUUCAGCAAGAAGCCAAUCACGCAAAUCGAGGUGAUUCCGGAAUAUCAGCUUCUCGUGAGUCUCACGGACAAUCAGAUCAAUGUGAAUGACAUCAGCAGGACGAACUUCCCGCUGGUGUUCAGCGUGGUGAAGAGCAAGGGCGCGUCUGUGUUCUGUCUGAACUUCAAGAGAGUCAAAUCGCUCACCGGCGAAACGACUCUGAUUGUCCGGAUGUGCGUGGCGGUGAAGAGGAAGCUGAAGUUCUGGUGUUGGCGGCACAAUGACAAUCAGUUCAUUGAGUAUGCGCCGGACAUUGAGCUGAACGACAUCCCCAAGUCCCUCUGCUGGUCCCUGGAGACGAUCUGCGUGGGCUUCAAGACGGAAUACGUGCUGUACACGCUGACGGACAAGGAUCCGGACAAGAGAGAUCUCUUUCCCACGAGCUCCUCGCGCACAGUCGAUCCCUGCGUCACGAUCAUCGACGGCGAUCGCUUCGCCCUGGCCAAGGAUGAGUUCAUCAUUCCAGUGGAUCCGCAGAAUUUGAUUCUGCAGGAGAUGAACAAGACGAAGGGCUCCGUGAGGGCGGAGGACUUCGCUGGUGGCGAGGAGACACCCAAGGUGAUAAAGUCCAUCGCCUGGACAAGUCCUGUGCAGGCACUUGUCUGGGAUGAACCUUUCGCCGUGGCUCUGCUCAACGACACCAUCGAGAUUCGCACUCUCGACUCCGGUUCCACCAAGGAGACUCUCGCCCAGUCCUUUCCGGACCUGCUCAGGGCACGAUUGCUCAUUCGCACCCAACGCGGCGUGAUCUUCGUGGCGUCUCUCAGCCAGCUGUGGCGCAUCAAGAUGACGGACAUCCCAAAGCAGAGGCACAAUCUCCUCCAGCAGAAGAACUUCCAACUCGCUCUGCAGCUCACGAAUAUUUCACAAGAGAGCGAGGAGGACAAGAAGGAGAAGAUUCAUCAAAUACAGACACUGUACGCGUUUGAUUUGUUUGCCAACAAACGCUUCCGCGAGUCAAUGAAAGAGUUCGCCAAACUGGAGACUGACCCGUGUGACGUCAUCCGCCUCUUCCCCGACUUACUCCCACAGGAGAAAGACAAAUCGCCGUGUGUGGCGGUCGGCGGAGCUGUGCUGCCCAAGUUGGAGGAUCGCGAUCUGGAGAAUGGACUGCUGGCGCUGAUUGAUUAUCUCACGGAUGUGCGCUACAAGAUCAAGAAGGAGCUGCAGAGUGCGUCAGCGGACACUGCGAAGCCCUUUGGCAAGAUGUCAACGCCUCUGCUGUCCAUCAUCGACACCACAAUGCUCAAGUGUUAUCUCCAGACGAAUGACUCUCUCGUGGCGCCUCUGCUGAGGCUGAAUUACUGCCAUUUGGAGGAGUCUGAGCGCACGCUGAAGAAGUAUCAGAAGUAUGGGGAGUUGAUUAUCCUGUAUCAGACCAAAGGGCAGCACAAGAGAGCUCUGCAGCUCCUCCAGUCGCAAGCCGAAGUGCCGGGAUCGAAUCUCUACGGUCACGAUCGCACAAUUCAGUAUCUUCAACACUUGGGCAGCGAACACAAAGCCUUGAUCUUUGAGUUUUCUGGGUGGGUUCUUGAGAAAUAUCCCGAAGAUGGACUGAAGAUCUUCACGGAAGACAUGGAGCAAGUGGAGAAUCUUCCGCGAGCUGAAGUUCUGGAUUAUUUGCUGAAGAAUCACAAGCAACUCGUUGUGCCCUAUCUGGAGCAUGUGAUUCAUGUGUGGAAUGAGACAAAGCCAAUCUUCCACAACAUCCUCAUUCAGCAGUAUCGCGAUGCUGUGAAGGAGCUGAAGCAGGACAUGGAGAUUGGCGAUUCGUCGAGGGAGAAGGAGGCGUUGUUGGUGAAUGUGAGAGCCAAAUUGCUGGACUUCCUCAAGAAAUCCACCAAAUACAAUCCCGAAACUGUCCUUGGAGACUUUCCCUAUCAGGAUCUGUUCGAGGAGCGCGCACUGAUUCUCGGCAAGCUGGAGAAGCACGAGAAAGUCCUGGCGAUCUACAUUCAAAUCCUCGGCGAUGUGGACAAAGCCAUUGAGUACUGCAAUGAAGUGUUUUGUGGCAAUGAUUCCAGGAAAGAUGAAAUCUUCGUUCUCCUUAUAAAAACUCUUCUCACGCCCCCGACUUCUCCUCCGUACAGCGGAGUUUCUCUCCAUCCCAAGUGUCUCAAGCCAGAUAUCGAGACUGUCUUGGAGAUUCUCGAGAGAGAUGCCAAGAAGGUGCAACCGCUGGCGAUUCUUCAGAUUCUGCCCGACAAUAUAUCACUGCUUCGUCUUAGAACAUUCCUCGAGACGGCGCUUCAGCAUCAGCUUGAGCAGAAGAGAAAAACUCAAGUUCUCCGAGGUUUGCUCUAUGCUGAAAAUCUCCAAAUCCACGAAGAUCGCAUUCAGAAUGAGUCCAACACAGUUCUCAUCUCUGAUUACAGCGUGUGUCCGAGUUGCAAGAAGAAAUUCGGCAAUCAGAGUGCAUUUAUUCGCUACCCAAAUGGUGAUAUUGUUCACUAUUCGUGCCAACAGAAGUGAUUAUGAAACAUGCGUUGGCCUCACAUCGCC